UGGAGGAGGAGGUGGGAAGAACACGCAGCGGUUGGGGAGGAUCGAUUGAAAUUAUUCACUAUCGUUGCAGUGAUGGAUACAUAGAGCCCAAGGAUUUAAAAAAAAAAAUUCUUGCGAUCUAGUAAACAUUAGUUUAGGAACAAAAUUAAAACAUACUCUUGGAUUUGGUGAGCUAGCUAAUGUUAGCUUGUCUAAUUCGAUAGCGGAAGUAACUGGAUCAUAAAUUCCGGUGUUGCAAGAUUUUACUUGUUUGUGGAAGUUGCAAGGGAUGGACAAUCUUGAGGAAAAAGCUACUGAAAGGAUUCUGCUAGAACCAUACAAUUACCUGCUGCAGCUACCAGGGAAACAACUCAGAACUAAACUGUCCCAAGCUUUCAACCACUGGCUUAGUGUACCUGAGGACAAACUUCAGGUAAUCAUUGAGGUAACGGAAAUGCUGCACAAUGCCAGUCUCUUGAUCGAUGACAUUGAGGACAGUUCCAAGUUGCGACGUGGUUUCCCUGUGGCACACAACAUCUAUGGUGUACCAUCCGUUAUAAACUCUGCAAACUACGUCUACUUCCUGGGUCUAGAGAAGGUGCUGACACUGGAACACCCUGAGGCCGUACAUGUGUUCACUCGCCAGCUGCUGGAGCUGCACCGUGGCCAGGGCCUAGACAUUCACUGGCGUGACACGUACAGUUGCCCAAAUGAGGCAGAAUACUGUAGCAUGGUACUGCGCAAGACAGGUGGCUUAUUCGGCCUGGCAGUUGGCCUCAUGCAGCUUUUCUCAGAAUGGAGAUGUGACCUCAAGCCCUUACUAGACACACUUGGGCUCUUGUUCCAAAUACGUGAUGAUUAUGCAAACCUCUGCUCACCUCAGUAUGGCGCAAACAAGAGCUUCUGUGAAGACCUGACCGAGGGCAAAUUUUCUUUUCCCAUCAUCCAUGCCAUCCACACACAGCUGCAUAGCACACAGGUGCAGAACAUCCUACGCCAGCGCACGGAGGAUGAAGCUGUCAAGCGUUACUGUGUUGAUUAUUUGGAGAAAGUGGGCUCCUUUGCUUACACCAGGCAGAAGCUGCAUGAGCUAGAGAAGGAGGCAUACAGAUUGAUUGCAGAAUUAGGGGGGAACCCAGAGCUGGAGGGAUUUGUAGAACAUCUCAGCCACAUUUACAAGGAAUGAGAGGAAGCAGCUUCUCCUAAUCACAAUGUUCAGAUAAACGCAGAAGAGAGCCAUGUCACUCCUGAAUUUUGUGUCCCUCUCCAAACUCCUCUCCCUUAAUUUUUUUUAUCCUGUGUUCGUUUUGGCAACAGUGAGAUUAAAUUGGCUUAUACUAUUGCAUUUCUUUCCCUAACUAAUUUACCCAUUUUAUAAAUCAAUAAAUCACCUCAGUUUUGAGAUACAUUACAAGAA